AUGGGGGAUUGGAGCCUGCUGGGGCGGCUGCUGGAGAGUGCCCAGGAGCACUCCACGGUGGUGGGGAAGGUCUGGCUCACCGUCCUCUUCGUCUUCCGCAUCCUGGUGCUGGGGGCGGCUGCUGAGCGGGUCUGGGGCGCCGGGCUGUUUGGCUUCCAGCCGGGCGGCCAGAACGCCUCCUAUGACAGCACCUUCCCCAUCUCCCCCCUCCGCUUCUGGGUCCUGCAGAUCAUCUUCGUCUCUACCCCCAGCCUCGUGUACCUGGGCCACAUCCUGCACCUGGUACAUCUGGAGGAGAAGGAGCAGCAGCGAGCAGCGGCGUGGGCCAGCAGCGGGGCCAGGCGGCAACAACCCAGGCAGCCCCGGCUCCCUGUGGGGGACGCACGGGGACGGGUGUGCAUGCGGGGGGCCAUCCUGAGGACGUACAUCUGCAACGUCGUCUUCAAGGCUCUCUUGGAAGUGGGCUUCAUUGUGGGCCAGUAUGCCUUGUAUGGGUUCCAGCUGAAGCCCCUCUAUACCUGCAGCCGCUGGCCCUGCCCCAACACUGUCAACUGCUACAUCUCCCGGCCCACCGAGAAGACCAUCUUCAUCCUCUUCAUGCUGGGGGUGGCCUGUGUGUCCCUGCUGCUCAACCUGGUGGAGAUCUACCACCUGGGUCUCACCAAGUGCCGGCAGGGCUCCGGCUCCAAGUCCCGCAUCCUGCCCAGUCCUGGUGGUCCCGUGGGACCCCGCAGCAACCGCGUCAUGCAGCAGCCCCGUGGCUGCUGA